UGUGAGCGGGAGAAGGGGAGAAGAAAUUCGUAAUCGACUGCGUGGAAGUACGUUACGCACUCGUGCGCCGUUGCGGUUUCAUUCGUGGCAGCGACAGGUGGGGUAAGAAGAGGGGGGGAAUGUGAUGCGCGCGAGAGAUCCGCCACUGAGUGAGUCCAAUCGUGUCAAAUCGUUGCUUGUAUUCUUCCGCUGGUGUCGGGGCGCUCGCACCGCACUUGCUCUCUUUCUUUCUUUUUCUGUCUUUCUCUUUCUCGGCUAACGUCAUAGCGAUCGUGAACACUAAUUCCUCCGAACGGAGGGACUUGCAUGGUGACGUUAUCGUUCAGCGAUCGUGAUCGUAGACCUCUACUUUGAACGACGUUUCUUCGUGCGCGACUUCCACAAGGGAGUAACCCUCAUACGCGGGAACUAUUUCGAGAUAGAGGGGCGGCGUUGGCGGCGGCCAUGAUGGGUGUCAGCGGCGAGUAGCGACGUUACAUUCGCUCGCUCGCUCCGUCCGUCAGUCUGCGUCAGUCGGUUUCGCGCUUCGACGAAUUGAUGCCGAAUAGCCCGGGGUGUACGAACAGAGAGGCGCACACGAUCACCGGAGAACAGAUCCGUAGGUAAAGGGGUCACGGUUAGACCGCGCGAUCUCAGGGAACUAGAUCCGCGGACGGAUCACGUUCGCGGCUGAGAAACCUCUCCUCUCGCCAUCCUGGAGGACUCAUCGAAUACCUCUGCGGAAAUGACGCAGCUACUACCUAUAAGAUUCCAGGAACACCUGCAGCUUACGGCUGUAGGGAUUAACGCCAGCAAUGUCAGCUUUAACACCCUCACUAUGGAGUCUGACAAAUUUAUUUGUGUCAGAGAGAAAGUUGGCGAUACUGCUCAGGUAGUGAUCAUCGACAUGAAUGAUUCUGCCAAUCCCAUCAGGAGACCAAUAUCUGCUGAUUCUGCAAUCAUGAAUCCUGCUAGUAAAGUCAUUGCUCUUAAAGCUAUGAAGACACUCCAAAUUUUCAACAUUGAGAUGAAAUCGAAGAUGAAGGCUCAUACAAUGACGGAAGACGUAGUCUUUUGGAAAUGGAUAUCAUUGAACACGUUGGCAUUAGUGACGGAGACUGCGGUAUACCAUUGGUCCAUGGAGGGAGAUUCAACGCCGAAUAAGAUGUUUGAACGUCACUCAUCGCUAAACGGUUGCCAGAUUAUCAAUUAUAGAACAGAUCCGAAGCAAACGUGGCUGUUGUUGAUCGGUAUCUCGGCGCAGCAUAACAGAGUGGUCGGCGCCAUGCAACUUUACUCCGUAGAACGGAAAUGUUCGCAGCCGAUUGAGGGACACGCCGCCUCUUUCGCUCAGUUCAAGAUGGAGGGAAACGCAGAGCCCAGCAAUCUAUUUUGCUUCGCCGUUAGAACGGUUCAAGGCGCGAAGCUUCACAUCAUCGAAGUAGGCCAACCACCCUCUGGCAACCAUCCAUUCCCUAAAAAAGCGGUGGACGUAUUCUUCCCGCCCGAGGCUGGGAACGAUUUUCCCGUCGCCAUGCAAGUUAGCUCCAAGUACGAUGUCAUAUAUUUAAUUACAAAAUACGGCUAUAUACAUAUGUACGAUAUCGAGUCUGCGACCUGUAUAUUUAUGAAUCGUAUCUCGGGAGAAACGAUCUUUGUCACCGCUCCGCACGAAGCGUCCGGCGGUAUAAUAGGAGUGAAUCGGAAGGGUCAGGUCCUGUCCGUUUCAGUGGACGAGGAAAACAUAAUCCCGUACAUUAAUGGAGUACUGCAGAAUUCGGAAUUGGCGUUGAGAAUGGCCGUGCGAAACAACUUGUCUGGUGCAGAAGACUUGUUCGUAAGGAAAUUUAAUAUGCUCUUCCAAAACGGUCAGUAUGCGGAGGCGGCAAAGGUCGCGGCUAACGCUCCCAAAGGAAUACUCAGAACGCCCGCGACUAUCCAGCGGUUUCAACAGGUUCCUGCUACUCAAGGCCAAACAUCUCCUCUCCUACAAUAUUUCGGUAUUCUUUUAGAUCAGGGACAGUUGAAUAAGUACGAAUCGUUGGAACUGUGCCGACCGGUAUUGGUUCAAGGACGUAAGCAACUACUAGAGAAGUGGUUGAAAGAGGACAAGCUAGAAUGUAGCGAAGAGCUAGGAGAUCUGGUAAAGCAGGCUGAUCCCACAUUAGCACUUAGCGUUUAUUUAAGAGCCAAUGUUCCCAACAAGGUUAUCCAAUGUUUCGCGGAGACCGGCCAAUUUCAGAAGAUCGUGUUAUACGCCAAGAAAGUCUCGUAUACACCCGACUAUAUAUUCCUCUUGCGGAACGUCAUGAGGAUUAAUCCCGAUCAGGGUGUGGCGUUCGCGCAGAUGCUGGUUCAGGACGACGAACCGUUGGCUGACAUCAAUCAGAUCGUCGAUAUAUUUAUGGAGCAAAACAUGGUGCAGCAAUGCACGGCGUUCCUGUUAGAUGCACUCAAAAACAAUCGGCCGAGCGAGGGUGCUUUACAGACCCGUCUCUUAGAGAUGAAUUUAAUGUCCGCCCCGCAAGUGGCUGACGCUAUAUUGGGCAAUCAAAUGUUUACCCAUUACGACCGAGCUCACGUUGCCCAAUUAUGCGAGAAGGCCGGCUUAUUGCAGCGCGCUCUCGAGCACUACACGGAUUUGUAUGACAUUAAAAGAGCAGUGGUACACACACAUUUACUCUCGCCCGACUGGCUCGUAGGCUUCUUUGGCACUCUAUCCGUGGAAGAUUCUCUCGAAUGCUUGAAGGCCAUGUUGUCGGCUAACAUACGACAGAACUUGCAGAUUUGCAUACAGAUUGCAACCAAGUAUCACGAGCAAUUAACGACUAAGGCACUGAUAGAUUUGUUUGAGAGUUUCAAGUCUUAUGAAGGCCUGUUCUACUUUUUGGGAUCCAUCGUGAAUUUCAGCCAAGAUCAAGAAGUGCACUUCAAGUACAUCCAGGCGGCAUGCAAGACUGGCCAGAUCAAGGAGGUGGAACGUAUAUGUCGGGAGAGCAACUGUUACAAUCCGGAACGCGUAAAAAAUUUCCUAAAGGAAGCGAAACUGUCCGAUCAAUUGCCUUUGAUAAUCGUAUGCGACCGAUUUGACUUCGUUCACGAUCUUGUUCUCUAUCUAUAUCGCAAUAACUUGCAGAAGUACAUUGAGAUAUAUGUCCAAAAGGUAAAUCCGUCGCGUCUACCGGUGGUCAUAGGUGGUCUCUUGGAUGUCGACUGCUCGGAAGAUAUCAUUAAGAAUCUGAUACUGGUGGUACGCGGACAAUUCUCCACUGAUGAGCUGGUCGAGGAGGUUGAAAAGAGAAAUCGACUGAAGUUGUUGUUGCCGUGGUUGGAAUCCCGCGUUCAUGAGGGUUGCGUGGAACCGGCUACGCACAACGCGCUGGCCAAAAUCUACAUUGACAGUAACAAUAAUCCCGAGAGAUUUCUCAAGGAGAAUCAAUUCUACGACAGUAGAGUUGUUGGCAAGUAUUGUGAGAAGCGCGAUCCGCAUUUGGCUUGCAUCGCGUACGAGCGUGGCCAAUGCGACCGCGAACUAAUAAGUGUGUGCAACGAGAACAGUCUGUUCAAGAGCGAGGCCAGAUACCUGGUGAGACGUAGAGAUCCUGACCUUUGGGCAGAAGUACUGUUGGAGAGCAAUCCGUACAAACGACCGUUGAUCGAUCAGGUUGUUCAGACGGCGUUAUCUGAGACACAAGAUCCCGAAGACAUUUCGGUUACCGUCAAGGCUUUCAUGACGGCCGACUUGCCUAACGAGCUCAUCGAACUUCUCGAGAAGAUAGUAUUGGAUAGCAGCGUGUUCAGCGACCACCGUAACUUGCAGAAUCUCUUGAUACUAACGGCCAUCAAGGCCGAUCGUACGCGCGUCAUGGAAUAUAUCAAUCGUUUGGAUAAUUACGACGCCCCGGAUAUCGCUAAUAUCGCUAUUAACAAUGAACUUUACGAGGAAGCUUUCGCGAUCUUCAAGAAGUUUGACGUCAACACAUCGGCCAUCCAAGUCCUAAUUGAACAAGUCGGCAAUUUGGAUAGGGCUUACGAAUUUGCAGAAAGAUGCAAUGAGUCACCGGUAUGGUCACAGCUUGCUAGAGCUCAGCUGCAGCAGGGUUUGGUUAAAGAAGCGAUUGACAGUUUUAUUAAAGCGGACGAUCCGUCCGCGUACGUGGACGUAGUAGAAACUGCGCAUCGAACUUCGCAUUGGGAAGAUUUGGUCCGCUAUCUCCAAAUGGCCCGCAAGAAGGCACGCGAAUCCUUCAUCGAGAGUGAACUGAUAUACGCGUACGCACGGACCAACAGGCUCGCGGACCUCGAAGAGUUUAUAUCUGGCCCUAAUCACGCCGAUAUACAAAAGAUUGGCGAUAGAUGUUUUGAUGAUAAAAUGUAUGACGCCGCAAAGCUUCUCUACAACAAUGUAUCAAACUUUGCGCGUCUAGCCAUAACACUGGUCCACUUGAAAGAAUUUCAAGGUGCUGUUGAUAGCGCGCGUAAAGCCAACUCGACGCGUACCUGGAAGGAGGUUUGUUUCGCCUGCGUGGACAGCGGCGAAUUUCGCUUAGCUCAAAUGUGCGGUUUGCACAUAGUUGUGCACGCGGACGAGCUUGAAGACCUAAUCAAUUACUACCAAGAUCGCGGGCACUUUGAAGAGCUUAUUAACCUCCUUGAAGCUGCUUUGGGACUUGAACGAGCUCACAUGGGAAUGUUCACCGAGUUAGCUAUUCUCUAUAGUAAAUACAAGCCUCAGCGAAUGAGGGAACAUUUGGAACUCUUUUGGUCGCGCGUCAAUAUACCAAAGGUGCUACGCGCAGCGGAACAAGCGCAUUUGUGGGCCGAGUUGGUGUUCCUGUACGACAAAUACGAGGAAUAUGACAAUGCAGUCCUCGCGAUGAUGCAACAUCCUACCGAAGCUUGGCGAGAGGGUCACUUCAAAGACGUAAUUACUAAAGUCGCAAACGUCGAACUCUAUUAUAAGGCUAUACAAUUUUACGUGGAAUAUAAACCCCUUCUUCUGAACGAUAUAUUGCUCGUGCUUGCUCCGCGCAUGGAUCAUACUAGAUCAGUGGCGUAUUUCACGCGAACUGGUCAUCUGCAAUUAGUGAAACCAUAUUUGAGAUCAGUUCAGGCUCUCAAUAACAAAGCCAUCAACGAAGCCUUAAAUGGAUUGUUGAUCGACGAAGAAGAUUACCAAGGUCUUCGAACUUCGAUCGACGCGUUCGAUAAUUUUGAUAAUAUCGCGUUAGCGCAGCAACUCGAGAAACAUGAAUUGAUCGAAUUCAGGAGAAUCGCCGCAUACCUAUACAAGGGAAAUAAUAGAUGGAAGCAAUCCGUAGAACUUUGCAAGAAAGAUCGACUAUUCAGGGACGCCAUGGAAUACGCGGCGGAAUCUCGGAAUCCAGAAGUUGCCGAAGAAUUACUCGAGUGGUUUUUGGAGAGAGGCUCCAAAGACUGCUUCGCAGCAUGCCUAUUUCAUUGUUACGAUUUACUUCAUCCAGACGUCAUCUUGGAGCUUGCAUGGAGACAUCGCAUUUUACAUUUCGCAAUGCCGUAUCUUAUACAAGUCGCGCGGGAAUAUAUUACUAAGGUUGAUAAAUUAGAAGAAGCCGAAAGCCGACGCAUCGAAGAAACUGAUCAUCAGGAACAUAAACCUAUGAUUAUGCCGGAACCUCAGUUAAUGCUAACUGCAGGGCCAGGAAUGAUGGCACCUGGCUACGCGCCUCAAAACGUAUACGGUACACCUGCACAAGUGUACGCGUCCACCGCAGCCUAUCAAGGUUACGGUAUGUGAAAUACAUUUAAGGAGACAGAUCAACAAAGUCUACUUUUCUAUAAAGUUUAGGUAGAAUGAGAUUGUUUUGUUAGCUUAAUAUCGUCAAAGCGAAUGCGAAUGAAUAUCAUUUAGAAAACGAUGAAUUGCCACAUUUAGAUCAUAAUAAUAAUGUAACGAAUAGCGAAAUGCAUUGAAAAGGCAUUAAUACGCUAUCACACGCUACCUAAAUGUGAAUCUGUAAUUUAUAGGAGAAUUAUCGAGCAAACGAUAUAUUUCGCGAUUUAAAUAGCUGUUUAACGUGAACUUUGCGUGAAAAAUAUAUUGUUUAAAGAAUUAUAUUAUUUAACAAAGAUCAUAAAAUGGAAAAAAGUAAUUUUUUUCUUUUUUGAUGUGGUUUAUCGAGAUUUUUUAUUGAAUUAUCAUUGCAGACAGUAAAAAAAAUAUAUAUAUAUAUAUGUUGUGUAAUCAAAAUAUUUUUGUCUUUUACUAGCACAUAUAUAUAUAUAUAUAUAUGUAUAUGUGCGUCUAUGUGCCUUUCUUUUGGGCUACUAACAGGAAGCAAGCUUUUUUGGGCAAUAUCAUAAUUCGGAAGCAAAAUCAACUGUAGAUCACAAUUACAUGACGUCGUAAUUUCUGUAGAUUACCCAGUGGCUUGUUUUUCGGCGAAAUUUCUUUCAUCACAUAUGUAAACCGUGUUCUGGAAAGCAUUUUCUUCUCUUUUCCUGUAAAAACUAACAUUGUUCGAGAUAUAAUACUCUUGAAACACUUCAGCGUGUGAUGAAUCAUGAAUCAAAUGAGAGCCCUCGAAAAAAUGAAAUAAUAAGAGUAUCUUUUAGAUCGGAGUAGAUCGCGUAUCGUUAUAUCAGUAUUGUAACGACGAGAUCAAGACAGAGGAAAAAACUGUAGACGCAUCAGAACAUGUUUGACGUAUCUAUAAUAACAUAUACAAUUGUUCUAAAUCUACCUGUAUGUAUUUGCUUGAACAUAAUAUGAAGAUACAUGUUCGCCAAGCUAGCUUGAUUUGCGUAAAUAAAUCAUCAAAUAAAUUAUAGAUUCCGAAACUAACGGCAAGACCUUUAUUGUCUCAUUAAUGUACUGAAAAUGCAUAAAGUAGUUUGCCCGAGUUUUUCGCCCGAUCCGCAUCAUGUAUCAUGCUUUUUAAUCUUUCGCUAUUCAUUGCGUAAGAUCAAUUACGGACUAGAGCUCGGAGAAUACAUUAAAGAUAAUUUGAUAACAAAGUCUACAAGCACGAUCGUCCACUGGUCACAUCGUUCAUACUGUAGCUUGAUAUUUUCUACUCGUUUUUCUCCCACAUAACAAGUGUGUGCAUAAUAAUGUUACUCAAAGUUAUUGAUCGUUAAUCAUUAUAUAGCUUGUUACAGAUUAUGCCUAAAUUAUACAAGUAAUAAAUUAGAUUGCAAUAUUUGUAGAAAAAGCCAUGUUUUGUUAAACACUCGUGUUACUUUUUUUCCUUUCGAUAUAUUUGUGAAGUAUGUAUAAAGUGCAUUGAUGCAUCAGGAUCAAUAUGUAUAACAGGCAACAAAGAAAAAAAGAUAUUAAUUUUGUAGUACAUCUUACCUUUAACAUUCCUAAAUGUAAGCUACCAUUCUGCGUAAAUUUAUAUCACUUAGUAAUAUCUCGAUUUCUUUUUAUUACAUCUUGAGAUGUAGCGAAUUGUAGUAUGUAGUCUUCUUUUUUAAAGUGCGCGAAGAGCGAAAGUUUAUACUGGCGAAAAGGUCACGUUACUAUUAUGCCCAAGUAAAAAAAUCUGUAUUACGUAGUAAAAGAGCGGAUGCGCGCGAAGUUUGUCUCGUUUUUUACAGUCUUCUUUAUCGCGCGAUAUUUUCGUUUUUCUUUUUGUACUCCACAGUUGAUCUUGCGGUGAUCUAGCUGUAUAUAUUACAUAUUAAAAAAUGUUAUGUCGAAAGAGGAGAGAUCAGUAACAUGCCCUGGUACUAUAUUUUACUUUGAUCUUAGAGCCAAUAAAAUUGUAGAAAUUGAUUAACAAA